AUGAUAUCUGCUUUUGUCGAUAAGAAACAGGAAGAAUGGGACAUGAACUUAUCGCUCUUGACUGCUGCCUACCGUAGCACCAUUCAUGAGACAACUGGAUUUUCGCCAAAUUUUCUUAUGUUGGGGCGUGAGGUUAGAACCCCUAUUGAAAUUGCCCUUGGUGUGGAUAAUUCCGACGUCAAUGACUAUGACUAUGACGAGUUUGCCUCAAAUAUCGUUUCCACUAUGAAGGAUGCAUACAAUAUAGCUCGUGAGCAUCUGUCCUCACAAACCCAGAGACAGAAGAGGGACUAUGAUUCUAGACUAUCAGUGAACACCUACCAGCCAGGGGACUUACUCUACUAUCUAGACACCACAAAACAAAAAGGACUUUCUCCUAAAUUAAAGUCUGCUUUUUGGAUGGGACCAUGUAUCGUUACCAGAAAGCUAAGUGAUUUGGUGUCUGAAAUCAAAUCUCAACAGAAGGGCAAACUUAAAGUCCUUCACCAUGGUCGUCUCAAACCCUUUCGAAGCACCGAUAUCCCAAAAUGGGUAAAAGCUAGAACACGCUGA